AUGACUGAAUCAGUCAUAACUAUUUCACCAAAAACAUCGCCAUAUCAUUCACCAGUUUCCACACGUCAUGUAUCACCAAGUGCAUCAUCGGCAACAGGUUCUUAUAUGCUAGCGACGCGCCAUCGAAAUCUUGAUCAACAAACAAUAUCGAAUGAAAAAUUACAACUACGAAAGUUGAACGACCAGUUUUUAAGCUACAUCGAACGUGUUCGCCUGUUUGAAACGUACAAUAAUUGCUUGACUAGUCAUUGCGAACAAAUCAAAGCUGCACAGGAACGGACAAAAACGAAAUUAGAUUUACUUAAACAAGAAUUCGAUGAAUAUCAACAAGAAAAAUUUGCUCGGGAGAGAAAAGAUAUUCAAUUGGAAAAUGAAAACAUAAAAGACAUGGAAAAACAAGUCCAUGAUGUGAAAACAAAAGAAAAAUUUCUUCAACAUGAGCACGAUUUAAAUCGGCAACAGAUCAUCGACUUACAGCAACAAUUUAUUGCCUUACAAAGUAAAACGGAAAAACUUCGUUUUGAUUACGAAAAUGUUAAUGACGAUUCAAAUCAUUAUCGAAGACAGAUCUCUUACUACCAAUUACUUAAAUCGUCGAUAUUGGACGAGAUAUCACAUCAGCGAGAUAUCAAUCAACGGGUACAAUUAGAAGUAGACGAUUUGAAAAUACAAAAACAGAUCGCCAUCCAAUCGCAUGAAGCUGAUGCUCAAGCAAUUGAAAUUCACAAUGAUAAUAUGGUGUACGAUCUGACGACAAAUUUUCGCUUUGAUGGUACUGGAAAACAUCCAUUGACGCAGACGUUGAACGAAAUACGUGAAGAAUAUAAAACACGAGACAACGAUAUGCGUGAAGAAUUACAUCGGAAAUAUUUGCUGGAAUAUAAUCAACAUAUCAAAAGACAAGCUGAUCAGAAUUUACUCGAUACCAACCGAGAGGAUAUCGAACGACGUCAUCUUUCGAAUGAGUUGAAUUCACUGAAUGACCAUCGAACUUUACUACAACAGAAAUUAACGUUGAUACAUGAACAUUACAAACAAUUGGAAUUGAAUUUCGAACGGGAACUCAAUCGGCAAAAGAGUAUGCAAGAAAAAUAUGAGCAGCAAAUUAAUGAUUUACGUGGAUCAGUUAAAGAAUAUCAAACUCUUUUGAAUACAAGUACAUUGGUGCGUCAACCAACUAUCGAAGCUGAAGUGAACAAAUAUCGACAGUUACUUGAAGGUUCUGAUCAGCAGUUGGGUCUUCGUCAACUAAUUCAUAUGCCGAAUAAAAUUGAACAUUCGCCAUCGAUCAAUCGUCCGACAACACCAUCAUACCCGCUAUCUCCGUUGGUACAGCGUUCUCCAUCGCCUAUAAACAAGUUAGAAUCAGUAUCAGCAUUACUCUUGAUUCCAUCUCAUACUCGUCAAAAUUCCAAUAGUGAAGCUUCAUACGAAACAGCACCAAUAUCCCAAUCGUCGACACCAACAACUAACAAUCAACAAUAUCUCACUUUCGAGUCCGUUAACGAUAAAUUGUCUCAUACAGAUUACGAUACUGACAAUGAUCAAUCGCAAACAAUUCAAUAUAUGUCAGGUCGUAGUAGUCGGUUAACUAGUACAACGGAUAGUACACCAUUAGCAAUGACACCAACGAAUCAAGAAUCAUUGCCCCCAUUACCAUUCACUGAUCUCACUAAUCAAAAUGAAACCAUUGUGGAAAUAUCAUUUGAUACGUCCCAGGCCGAAGGUGUGAUAAAUCAAACAUUACCAUUUGUGCCCAUGAAUGUAAUACUUAAAACGGAUAUGGAUGAACGCAAAGAUAUAAUUUCUGAUGAACAACAGUCUCCAUUGAUUUCUACAUUAGAAAAACGAGAAGAAUCAGAACUGGCAGUAGUUGUUGAACCAACAAUUAUCACAUCAUCGCAAAUUAUUAUUCCGAUCACUGUAGAUGUUGAUUCUAAGCCAAUUGAAGAAUCCAAUGAUACAAAAAUAAUAUCUCCUGUAACACCAACUAUAUCGAUUGAUGAACAAUCAAAAUCUUCAACAUCACCAAACAAUGCAUCUGAUUCAACAAGAACAGAAUCAACAACUGCGGUUGAAAUACCUUUAUCGGCGCUACCAGCAAAAAAUCCGUUAGCUAAGUUAAUGCCAGCAAUGCUACCUAAUGCAGCACCAUUCGUGCCAAGUUCAAACGGAACACAUAAUCAACCAGUAUCACCAGUAUUCAUUCCUAUUUCAACUAUGAAUAAUGAUGCGCUACCCUUUGUUCCAAUUCAACAGCAGCCUGCAACAAGUCAACAACAAUGGAAUGGAGCUAAUACACGCAGUGGCAGCGGUAGUAAUGCAGGUGGAAAUCGCCGUGGACAACUUGGCGGUGGCAAUUUUCAUCACGGCGGUGGAAAUCAACGAUCUGGUGGUGGAGGUAACUGGCAUCAAGGUGGAGGCGGUGGUCAUCAAAAACAACGUCGUGGAAUGAAAUAA